UAAGAGAAAGUCCAGUUAGCUCUAUAAGCUACGAGAUAGGGCAAAAAGUAGAAAAUUGCAGGUUAAUGCAAGGGUACACUCAGGCAGAGUUAGCAAGUAAGGUAGGAUUAACGUGCAAAGAGAUAAAUAAUUAUGAGCUAGGAUAUGUUCUUAUUCCAAUUAAGAAAUCAUAUGCAAUAGCAGAAGAAUUAUCAGUUAGUGUUGCAGAUCUAUUACCUGAACCAGUAGAGGUAAGGAAAGACAGUUAUUGUGAAGAUGAGGAUGNUUCUGUAAAUGUAUGUUUGUUUAUAUAAGAGAAAGUCCAGUUAGUUCUAUAAGCUACGAGAUAGGGCAAAAAGUAGAAAGUUGCAGAUUAACGCAAGGGUACACUCAGGCAGAGUUAGCAAGUAAGGUAGGGUUAACGUGCCAAGAGAUAAAUAAUUAUGAGCUAGGAUAUGUUCUUAUUCCAAUUAAUACAUCAUAUGCAAUAGCAGAAGAAUUAUCAGUUAGUGUUGCAGAUCUAUUACCUGAAGCAGUAGAGGUAAGGAAAGACAAUUAUUGUGAAGAUGAGGAUGAAGAAAUACUCUAUCUAAUAGGAAUAUAUGGAAGGAUUCAAGAUCAAGAACUGCGCAAGGCAAUACGUCCAUUAAUCAGAUCUGUAUAUGUCAGCGAAAAAAUUAGCCAAGAAGAGGCAAAAAUAGAAGUAGCAAAGAAUCUAAUUAAAGAAGGAGUGUCUGUUGACAUUAUUGCCCAGGCAACUGGUUUAUCUACUUAUGAAUAUGUUGAUACAGAAAAAGAAAUUUGCACUGAUUCUAUAUACUGCAAAAUAGGACAGAGAAUAAAAGAAUGGAGAUUAAUAAGGAGGUAUACUCAAAAAGAUCUAGUGGAUAAGGUUAAUUUAACGCUUAAGGAAAUACACGACUACGAAAAAGGAUACACUGACGUUCGACUUGAUAAAUUAUAUGAAAUAGCAGAGGUAUUAUCAGUGAACAUAAAAGCUCUACUACCUAAAAUAAUAAAAGAAGAAAAUAAACUAUUGAGUUUCAUAAAUGAGUACAGGAAAACUGAGGAUCAAGAAUCACGAGAUAUAUUAGAUGCGUUAGUUCAGUUUCUAUCUGAAGAUAUGCAGACUGGCAAAGAAAAAAUUAAAAAAGCGGAAAAAAUCAGGGUUGCAAAAAAUCUAGUUAAAGUAGGUGUUACUGUUGAUAUUAUCUUACGAACAACAGGCCUAGCUGCUGAUGAAUUAGAUGCUAGCUGA